AUGGCAAAUCUUCUCGAACAAAUCCGUCAACAUACAACGAUUGUUGCCGAUACUGGCGAUUUCGCUUCGUUGGAAAAGUAUAAACCAACGGAUACAACGACAAAUCCAUCGUUAAUCUUAGCUGUAGCGAAUAUGAAACAGUAUGAUCAUAUAAUUGACGAAAUCAUUGAUAAAUGUCGAGAAAAAGAUUCCUCAGCGUUGGAUGAACAGGCUGUCAUCGAUGAUAUCAUGGAUACAGUCUUCGUAGCAUUUGGAGAGGAAAUUCUGAAGAUAGUUCCUGGCCGAGUGUCAACAGAAGUCGAUGCGCGACUUUCAUUCGAUCGCGAAGGACAAAUCAACAAAGCACGACACUUGAUUCAAUUAUAUGAAGAACGUGGAAUAUCAAAAGAUCGAAUUUUGAUUAAAUUGUCAUCAACAUGGGAAGGCAUUCAAGCUGCAAAAGAAUUAGAAACGAAAUAUGGUAUACAUUGCAAUAUGACGUUGAUCUUUUCGUUUGCACAAGCAUUAGCAUGUGCCGAUGCUCAAGUUACACUUAUUUCACCAUUCGUUGGUCGAAUCUAUGAUUGGUAUAUCGAGAAGAAAGGCAAACGUGACUAUGAAAUUGAUGAAGAUCCUGGUGUUGUCAGUGUGACACGUAUUUACAAUUAUUACAAACAGAACGAUAUUCCAACAGUCAUUAUGGGCGCAUCGUUUCGUAACACGAAACAAAUUCUCGGCUUAGUCGGUUGCGAUUUGUUGACCAUCAGUCCGAAAUUACUCGAAGAGUUAGUGGAGCAGAAGAGUGUUGACAAUGCGCAAGUUACUGUUUAUUUAAACAAAGAACAAGCUGCUCAAAAAAGUAAAGACAAAAAGAAAUACGAUAAACUCGAUGAAGCGACCUUCCGUUGGAUGAUGAACGAAGAUGAAAUGGCCAGCGACAAACUCUCCGACGGAAUCAGGAAAUUUGCAAUCGAUGCGAAAAAACUCGAAGAACUCGUUCGAGCACGUAUUCAACAAAAGAAAUAA